GACUCAGCCAUUUCUGAACAUUUCAGCCUGAAAACCAAGUCAGAAACACAUCACAGAAGUCAGGGCACAUCCUAAACAGUGGAUCCCAUCCUAUGUGGAAAGAAGGCUCAAAAUAAUGGUUUAAAUGAUGCUGAGUCAAGAGCUCUGAGCACAUGGAUAGUCCAUUGAUUGGUUCCACUUUGCACGAGGAUAAGUGUCUAAAUCCCCACCCACCUUCUGUGUCCUGAAACUGCUCUGAUUGACUAUGAUGGAACAAAGUGCAUUGCCAAAAGAAAACACUGUCUGUUCUCCUACAGCUUAGAUGAGAAGCCUAGCCUGGCCAGCAGCCAGUGACUAGUCUGGGAGUCAUGAUGCCGAUGCACCGGUGAGCAGCGACGGGGAGAGCGGUAGAGCCCAUGGGCUAGAAGAGGCAAGGACCCAGCUUGGCGUCUCUGAGCAGGAUCCGGACAAGCCUGAGCUGAGCAUGCCAGAGCCAGCGCCGCUCGGCGUGGACAAGAAAGCGGUGGAGAAGAAGCGGGUGGAGAAGGUGGGAGCCAAAGGCAGCGCUGCCGGGCCUCCAGUCCCCAAGAGCCUCCCCGUGCAGAGGAAGGUGGAGCCCCCCAGCCCGGACCCCGCAGAGGAGCCGCUCCUCUGGGAAGGGCUCACUCUCAACAAGUGCAUCCUGGUGGCCUCCGUCGUCGCCCUGCUUAGCGUCACCUUCCAGGUGCUCCAAGCGCCGUGCUCCAGGGAGGGAGUCAGCCGCGGCAGGGAGGACACUCCACCGCCUCCCCUUCAUGAGGUGGUCAGCACCAAGGAGGAGGAGGUCCAAGAAGUGGUGACCGCCCAGCCCGCCCAGCCAGAGCGCAGCAUGUUCAAGGACGAUGAUGGUGAUGACGAUGGCGACGAUGACGGUGAUGAUGAUGGUGGUGCUGACAGCAACCUGGCAGAGCCCUGGAUCUUCAAGAAGUGGUUUGGCCGCUCAGCACCGGAGGAUGGGGACGAAGAGCCCACGGAUGUCCCUGAGGUGCCGCCAGCUGUGACGGAGGUGAAGAAGAGCCGGGAGAAGAAGCUGGAGAAGAAGCUGGAGAAGAAGGAGGAGAAGAAGGAGGAGAAGAAGGAGGAGAAGGUCCGGGAGGGGCGUGCUGCCCAGGCAGAGCGGAGCAGCCGGAGGGAGACACGAGCCAAGGACAGGGCACAGGGGGAGAAGCCCGGCAGAGCCCCCCGGCCCCCCCGGGAACCGGAGCAGCAACCCCAGAAGAAGCGGGGCCGGGAGGGGAAGGAGAGCCAGCGGGAGCGGGAUGAGCCCAGGAAGGAGGGAUGGAAGGGCCGUCCCGGCAGGGCCGACGGUGGCGGGGAGAGCCCGAAGAGGGACUGGCGGCAGCAGAAGGGCAAGAAGCCCUGGGAGCCGGCAGCCGCCCCGGGAAAGGACGGCACCGCCAGGCCCAAGGAGGGCAAGAGGCGCGACUGAGGCUGGGGCGACCGAGGGGCUCGAUGAUGCUGAAUCCGGGGGGGGGCCCAACCCUGCCACUGCCCCCGGCAAGGGCACCCUGCCGCUCCCUGCCCGCUCUCCGGAGACAUCCCCGGGCCGGCAGCGUGGGCAGCACAGGCAGCGCUCCAGGAUCUCGGAGCAGCGGCAGAGCAGCCCGGGAGCCUGGCACGAGCCUCCCUGGGGACUUUGGGCCCCCCCUGGAUUAGAUGCACAAAGGCAACCUGAAAGGACCGGGGGAAGGAUCUUCUCUUCUUCUGGGCUUCGCGCUAUUUCUCCAUCCCCACCCGAAAUCUCUCUUGCAGUUCAUUUUCACCCGUGGUCCCUGAAGCAUCAGGGCGGCGCAGUGGGCACAGGGAUCCCAGUGAACAGAAUUUGUCUCCAGACUCUGUAGCACUUUAAUUCAGUUAAUGGUUUUAUUCAAAGCAAAUCAAGAGAGAAGUGUAUUUGGGGUUAACAAAGCCAGGCUGCAGCCAUCCUCAGGGGGACGUCAGGGGAACGACCACCCCGACGUCGCCGGGCCCCAGUGCCAUCGCUGCAGGGUGGCACGAAGCUUGCUGGUAACAAAACAGGGCUGGAGAGCCCAUCACCCGGGGAUCCCUUCGGGCCUUGCCUUCACAGAGUCGCUUUUAGGAAUGAAAACACAAGUGCAAUAUCACGCAGCGCUGUAGCAACUACAGGAGACGUUCACAGCCCCAACCCACGGCAGGUUUAAGUAUUUGCUAAAUCAAUAGAGGUUAAAAUAAACUAUUUUCAUUUUUAA